CCGUGCUGUCAGUGCAGUCGUGCACCGCAUCCCUCUUCCUCUCCCUAGUCCCUCCUGGCUCCGUUCCCCUCUCGCUGAUCCAGGAGAUCACCCCACAAAGAGAGCGGCAGUGGUGGUACUAGAAUAGAAAAGGGAAACGGAAGGAUCACCCGAGCGGUAACAGCGACUAGUAUAAGCCGGGCGGGCAAGCCAUUGGAGGAGUGCACACAAGAAUCUCAGGGCCGGGGGAGGGGGGAAGAAGACAAGGCCACUCCAACUGCCGCGGCCGCGGCUCCUUUUUUCACUUCUUUGGAUCCCCUGACUGGGAUGGUAUCUUGUCAGACCGGCACUGGCUCUUGUGUUCUUGUUGUCGCCAUUGUCUCCUCCCCAGGACCAGCACCAGACCAGGAGUAGAGAGAGAGAGAGAGAGAGAGAAGCUGAGCAAGAAGGAGAGAAGACAGAGGCCGGCCCGCCGGGGGAGAGUGGGAUACCAGGAAGGAUGCGGUCAAUGCCGGCGUCUCCAUUGCCGCUCCUGGCCCCCUCUACCUUCUACCUCUUCGUCAUCUUCUUGCUGCCGCUGCUCUGCUGCCCGCUCGCGGCCAAUGGAGGAGGGGCUCCGCCGCCCAUGGCUUCCUCUCCGGCGGCUGCGGCCGCGUCCACGGCCGUCGGCGACCUCGCCUCCUCGAACGGCAGCGUCGCUGCGCCUCCGGCAGCCGCGGCGCCUGCUCCCUUUGUGCUCACAGUGGAAGCGGAGGAAACGCACCACCAUUUGCGCAGGCAGAUUAUCAUCGCCGUCGUCCUCGCCUCCAUCGCCGGUGUGAUGAUCGUCCUCGCCGUGCUUUUUGCCUGCAUCGCGUGGCGGCGAUAUCGCGGAGCUCCAGACGACUUCAAGGACACCCAAAGCACAGAUACCCAAAGGAUAGCAUUGGUGCCAAUCUUGAACAGGUUCAACUCAUUCAAGGCUACUACCAAGAAGGGCCUUGUGGCGAUGAUGGAGUACGCGUCGCUGGAGGCGGCGACGGGCAAUUUCAGUGAGAGCAAUGUGCUCGGGGUCGGUGGAUUCGGGUGUGUGUAUAAGGCCAAUUUUGAUGGAGGGUUUGUCGCCGCGGUGAAGAGGCUGGGGUGCGAGGGACAGGAGUAUGAGAAAGAAUUUGAGAAUGAGCUGGAUUUGCUUCAGAGGAUUCAGCAUUCGAAUAUAGUGUCCCUUGUGGGCUUUUGCAUUCAUCAGGAGAACCGCUUCAUUGUUUAUGAGCUGAUGGUGAAUGGAUCACUGGAAACACAACUUCAUGGACCAUCACAUGGAUCAGCUCUAAGCUGGCACAUUCGGAUGAAGAUUGCUCUGGAUACAGCAAGGGGAUUGGAGUAUCUUCACGAACACUGCAACCCACCAAUCAUCCAUAGGGAUCUGAAGUCGUCUAACAUACUUUUGGAUUCAGAUUUUAAUGCAAAGAUUUCAGAUUUUGGCCUUGCAGUGACAAGUGGAAAUCGCAGCAAAGGGAAUCUGAAGCUUUCCGGUACUUUGGGCUAUGUUGCCCCUGAGUACUUACUAGAUGGGAAGUUGACUGAGAAGAGCGAUGUAUAUGCAUUUGGAGUAGUACUUCUUGAGCUUCUAUUGGGAAGGAGGCCAGUUGAGAAGAUGGCACCAUCUCAGUGCCAGUCAAUUGUUACAUGGGCCAUGCCCCAGCUAAUUGACAGAUCCAAGCUCCCUACCAUAAUCGACCCCGUGAUCAGGGACACGAUGGAUCGGAAGCACUUGUACCAAGUUGCUGCAGUGGCUGUGCUCUGCGUGCAGCCAGAACCAAGCUACAGGCCACUGAUCACAGAUGUCCUCCACUCUCUGAUUCCCCUGGUGCCCAUGGACCUUGGAGGGUCGCUGAGGAUCAACCCGGAGUCGCCUUGCGGGGCACGAAACCAAUCUCCGUGCUGAGAAAUAAAAACGAGAGAGGUACAAUCCGAAUGUGGCGAUUCAGUGGGCUCACACCGUCCAAAUGGUUCAGAUAGCCUGUGAUGUUGAGUGCAGGUUAUGGUUUCUUGCUCCAGUUGCCUUUCUUGGUGCUUGUCUGAUGAUGUGUUCCCCGACCUUGUGAGACCUACACAUUACUUGUUGGUUGAGUUGAUAGAGUUUCCGGGUUCGCAAAGAAGAGGACCACACAUAUGAUCUUCCUCGCUGUAUAAAGAGUUCAUCUGUAAUUUUCCCCCGUCCUUUUCUUUUUCUUUGGCUCUGAACACCGCUGUAUAGAUUCGAAGAUUUUCAUACAAUGAAAGAAAUACUUGCCCCA